AUGGACAACAGUCCUCUGCAGGUAUUGACUGUCCCUACAGCCCCCUACCCUGAUCAGAGACCCGGCACCAGUGGCCUGAGGAAAAAAGUUUUUGUAUUCCAGUCCAGGAGGCACUAUCUGCACAACUUCAUCCACAGUAUCUUCUCUUCUAUUGACCUACGUGACCGCCAGGGUUCAACAGUAGUCGUUGGUGGAGAUGGACGCUUCUUCAACAGAACAGCUAUUGAUGUCAUUGUGCAAAUGGCAGCUGCCAACGGGGUGGGUCGUCUGAUCAUUGGACAGCAUGGAAUUAUGUGCACGCCCGCCAUAUCCUGUGUGAUCAGGAAAUACAAAGCCAUUGGUGGCAUCAUCCUCACUGCCAGCCAUAAUCCUGGUGGACCUGAUGGGGACUUUGGCAUUAAGUUUAAUACUGCAAAUGGAGGUCCAGCCAAGGAGGAGGUCACAAACAAAAUUUUUCAGAUCAGCAAAACCCUUGAUGAGUUUGUCAUCUGCCCCAGACUCCGAGUGGAUCUGACAACCUUGGGCAAACAGGCGUUUGAUCUGGAGAACAAGUUCAAACCCUUCACAGUGGAGGUUGUGGAUUCUGUGGAAUCCUAUGCUAACAUGUUGAGGAAUAUCUUUGACUUCGCUGCUCUGAAGGACCUUCUGUCUGGGGAGAACCACAUCAAGAUAAGACUAGAUGCCAUGCAUGGAGUGGUAGGUCCUUAUGUAAGGAGAAUACUGUGUGAGGAGCUGGGCUGUCCUGCCAAUUCUGCCAUUAAUUGUGUUCCAGUGGAAGACUUCGGGGGACGACGCCCAGAUCCUAACCUCACCUAUGCUGCAGAUCUUGUUGACAGCAUGAGAGACGGACAGUAUGAUUUUGGUGCAGCUUUUGAUGGUGAUGGGGACCGCAACAUGAUCCUUGGUAAACAUGGCUUCUUUGUCACCCCCUCCGACUCUGUGGCUGUGAUUGCUGACAACAUCUUCUGCAUCCCAUACUUCCAGCACGCGGGAGUAAGAGGCUUCGCUCGUAGCAUGCCCACAAGUGCAGCCUUAGACAGAGUAGCCAAGGCAACAAAAAUAGAGCUAUAUGAAACUCCAACUGGGUGGAAGUUCUUUGGAAAUCUGAUGGAUGCAGGUCGACUGUCUUUUUGUGGAGAGGAAAAUUAUGGCACAGGUGCAGACCAUAUUCGGGAGAAGGAUGGGCUUUGGGCUGUGCUGGCGUGGCUGUCCAUCCUUGCAACCAGAAGGCAGAGUGUGGAGGAUAUUGUGAAGGACCAUUGGAUUAAAUAUGGAAGAAACUACUUCACUAGGUAUGACUAUGAGAAUAUAGACAUAGACACAGCCUGUGAAAUGAUGGAGGAGUUGGAGAUUAUGAUUACCGACAAGUCCUUUGUGAAGCAAAGGUUUGCUGUGGAAGACAAAAUCUACCAAGUGGAAAAAGCAGACACCUUUGACUACACAGACCCAGUAGACAGCACCAUCUCCAGGAACCAGGGUCUGCGGAUAAUCUUCUCUGAUGGUUCUCGAAUCAUCUACAGACUCAGUGGGACAGGCAGCGAUGGGGCGACUGUUCGAAUCUACAUUGACAGCUAUGAAAAGGAGCAGUCAGGUGUUUACAUCUCACCAUGUCAUCCUUGUUUGGGACAGGUGAUGCUGGCAUCCCUGGCAACCAUCGCUCUGAAGAUUUCCCAGCUACAUCAAAGAACAGGUCGAAGUGGCCCAUCAGUUAUCACAUGAUUACUCAUGCACAUUGCUCCAUUGUUGUUACAGUAAUGUCCUUUUAGUUUUGUUUCCAGACUUUUGUAUGAACUUAAAUUCCACAUGUAGGUGCAUAAUAUGCAUUAGUUUGCAUUUUAGACUGAACUAUAUUCACUGACUGUUUGUACAAGUCAUUAAGCAGCUUUUUAUUGUUGGUUCAUGUGACAU